AUGGCGGAGAGUGCGAGCCUGCCUGUAUUGGACGUCACUAUCGAUCCGGGUAGCUCUGUGGAAGAGAAGGAGAAAGCCGUCAGGGACAUUGCACGCAGGCUCAUGCCAGCGUGGCAGCAUGUGCAGGAGAAAGAGCUGCAGGUUUCCACCAUCUCGGGCGGCAUCACCAACCUGAUAUUCAAAGUGCAGCAAGCGAAUCUAAGCCAGAGUCAGGAGCAGCAGCAGGAGGAGGAAGGAAAAGGGAACGACCAAAACGGGGAGCCGUCAUCCGAAAAAAGGGGAGGCAGCAGCCAAUCAGAGGCAAUCACUGUGCGCAUCUAUGGGCCAGAUACAGACAAAAUCAUCAACCGGAGCAGAGAGUGGGAGGCACUGAGGGCGUUGUCAACAGCAAAUUUCGGGCCUCGCCUGAUUGGGAGCUUCACCAACGGAACUGUGCAGACUUACCUCCCUGGCCGCACACUCACCCCUCCAGAGAUGUGCACCCCGCCAUUGUCACACCUGAUAGCGGCACAGCUGCACCGCCUGCACCAUCUGCACGUGCCUCUGGGGACAGAGGAGGAGCGGAAGCAAGGGCACUUGUGGCACGCCUUGUUUGACAUGCUCGACACUGCCGAGAAGCUUAAAUACCAUGACCCGAAGCUGCAAACCCGCUUUGACUCCAUUGACUUUGCCAAGUUGAGAAGCGAGAUACAAGAAGCAAAGGAGCUGACGGACCGACUGCACUCACCCGUCGUCUUUGCCCAUAACGACCUCCUCGCUUACAAUCUGCUGCUGGAUGAGUCACAACCAGGCGCCCCCAUAAUGCACAUGAUUGACUUUGAGUAUGCGGCGUACAACCCUCGGGGCUACGACAUUGCAAACCACUUCUGUGAAUAUGCCGGCUUCGAGUGCGAAUACUCCAGGUUCCCCUCCAAGGCCCAUCAGCUGGACUUCUUUCGCCAUUAUCUGCACCCCACCGCUCCUGAAAAGGCCUCGCAGGAGGAACUGGACAGGCUGUAUCUGGAGGUGAACGCGUUCACUCUUGCCUCUCACUUCUUCUGGUGCCUCUGGUCCCUCAUUCAGGCCAAGUACUCAGCCAUUGAUUUUGACUACAUGGACUAUUUCUUUGUUCGUUACGGAGUGUAUAAAAAGCGAAAGGAGGAGGAUGUUGCGCUUGUAGAGGCUUACCUCGGCAAUCGAAAUAUGCAAUCCAGCUUAGUGGUUUGA